AUGCUACAGAGAAAAGGUUGCAGUUUUUUUAAUGAGCCUCGUCUUGUUGCCAAGAAAUUCUUGGCAAGACCUCAGCAUGAAGGUGUUGGGGCUGUUGUUAGAAGAAGCAUAGGAAGGUUUGAGCUCAAGUACUUUGAUCCCUUCCUUGUGUUGGAUGAAUUCUCAGUUACUGCUCCUGCUGGUUUUCCUGAUCAUCCCCAUAGAGGCUUUGAGACAGUCACAUACAUGUUGCAGGGAGCUAUCACGCAUGAAGAUUUUGAAGGACACAAGGGGACAAUAGAAGCUGGUGACUUGCAAUGGAUGACUGCAGGAAGAGGGAUCGUCCACUCAGAAAUGCCUGCUGCUCAAGGAACUCAAAAGGGUUUUCAAUUGUGGAUCAACCUUGCUUCCAAAUAUAAAAUGAUUGAACCAAGGUAUCAAGAAGUGUUGAGUAAGGACAUAGCAGAAGCUGAGGAAGAUGGUGUGAAGGUUAGAGUUAUUGCUGGGGAAGCAUUAGGGAUAAAGUCUCCAAUAUACACAAGGACACCAACCAUGUUCUUGGACUUCUCUCUCAAACCUGGAGGUCACUUGCAACAACCUAUACCAAAACCUUGGAAUGCUUUUGUGUAUAUAUUGGAAGGAGAAGGUAUCUUUGGAAACAUGAAAUCUCAGCCUUCAAACUCUCACCAUAUUCUUCUUCUUGGUCAUGGGGAUGGCCUAGAGGCAUGGAACAAGUCUUCUAAACUCCUUAGGUUCAUUUUGGUUGGAGCAGAACCUUUGGGGGAACCUCUAGUGCAAUUUGGACCCUUUGUGAUGAACACUCAAGAAGAGAUUGAUCAAACCAUUCAUGAUUUCGAGAACUUUGCUAACGGAUUUGAGAAAGCAAGACAUUGGAGAUCUGAAAACGAAAUUCACUAA